GACGUCACGAAAGGUAUUUUGUCGUAAGAAGAACAUGGCGAUUGUGUUGUCACGAAGUGUAAACAGCCAGAAGUAAUCUGGAAUUUUAGGUUUAUCGGGUGGUUUUACUGGAAAGAAAUUGUUUUUAUCCAUUCCUGACCAUUGGAUGACCGUUUUAUAAACUUUUUACAUCACCAGCGCCACUGGAGAGGUUUAAAUUGUGUUUUGAACACAGAUGUCUGCUUUAACUCACUCUUUACUAGGAGCUGAUCCAUCACUGCAAAAACACCAUUCAAGCUCUAUAGGGUCUGAUGAGGAGGAAGUUGGAGGCGGCAAAUACAGAAGAAUGGACGAAGAUGGACUUCACGACAAGGAGCGCUUCGCGAGCCGGGAGAACCACUGCGAGAUUGAGCGACGGCGGCGAAACAAGAUGACCGCCUACAUCACGGAGCUGUCCGACAUGGUGCCUACCUGCUCAGCCCUGGCCCGCAAGCCAGACAAGCUGACCAUCCUCCGCAUGGCGGUGGCACACAUGAAGGCGCUCCGUGGUGAGUCAGCGGGAACAGGAAACACUAGCUCAGACGGUACAUAUAAACCAUCAUUCCUUACCGAUCAAGAACUGAAGCAUUUAAUACUGGAGGCUGCUGAUGGGUUCUUGUUCGUUGUAAUGUGUGAUACUGGAAGGAUUAUCUAUGUAUCUGACUCAGUUGGUCCGGUUCUCAACCAUUCCCAGAAUGAUUGGUUUGGAACAUCAGUCUAUGACCACCUCCAUCCAGAGGAUAUAGAAAAAGUGCGAGAGCAGCUGUCAACUCAGGAAUCUCAGAACUCUGGCAGAAUUUUGGAUCUGAAAACUGGAACUGUCAAGAAAGAGGGACAUCAAUCUUCAAUGAGGCUUAGUAUGGGACCAAGACGGGGCUUCAUUUGUCGUCUCAAGGUUGGCAAUAUGGGGCCUGAUGCCAUGGCUGCUGGACAUCUCAAUCGCUUGAAGCAGAGGAACAGUUUGGGACCAUCUCGGGACAAUCAAAAUUUUGCAGUGGUACAUUGCACGGGCUACAUCAAAAAUUGGCCUCCAUCAGGUACCGAUUAUGGAGUUCCAAUGGAAGCAAGGAGUGAGGAUGAUGGUACCCAUUGUUGUCUUGUUGCUAUUGGCCGCCUUCAAGUUACUUCCACGCCCAACACAAGUGAUAUGUCGGGUGCCAACAACAAUUGUGAAUUUAUAUCUCGUCACAAUAUGGAGGGUAAAUUUUCAUUUGUUGACCAACGAGUGAUGAACAUUCUUGGGUAUAAACCUCCAGAACUUUUGGGAAAGUCUUGUUUUGAUUUUUUCCAUCCUGAGGAUCAAACCCACAUGAAAGAAAGCUUUGAGCAAGUGCUGAAACUCAAAGGACAAGUUAUGUCUGUAAUGUACAGAUUCCAGGCCAAAAAUCAUGAAUGGAUCUGGUUGCGUACCUCUGCCUUUGCCUUCCUAAACCCCUACACAGAUGAUGUUGAAUACAUUGUUUGCACCAAUUCAACUGCAAAGUCUCUUCACUCACCCGGUGACGCUACGGCCGGGGAUGCGAGUGAGCAGGUUACAUACCAGCCUCAAGCCACUCCACAGCCCCAGCAUCAAGCGCAACCUGGACUGGACUACAGCCUGCAGAGGCGGGAUGCUGCCCCUGUCUACCAGCACAUGAUUCCUACAUCACACUUGCAUGAUUCCACAGGAGCAGCUUCACAAAGUCAAGGACGGCCCUCAAGUGUUCAAAACGUGUACAGCAAUUAUGACACGACCCCAUCUCCAAUAGCUUAUGGCUCUCCGGGUCAACAAGCCCAAGGCACAGCAAAUGCUGUAUUGGGUCGAAUAAGCAAAACAGCGACAACCUCGCCUACUCCAGCCCAAGGCGCCUGGACCCAACAAUACAGCCAGCUUAGUCCUUCUCGCUCUCCGGGAGGCCCUACUUACACUCAGUUGAGUGGUGGAGCUCGAGCAGGACCCAUUCCUGCUCCAUCAUACCACUCAUCUGCUCUUCCAGCCAACACAGGAAUGUGGACCUGGCCUGGUGCAGGACAAACUGCCGAGUCUGCAGGUGCUGUUACUUCAACAGGUGCUGCAGUUCAAGGCGCCACCCCACAGCAACAUGAGCUGACCGACAUGCUCCAAAUGCUGGAUCAAAGUGGUGCUGCAUCUUUCGAGGACCUCAACAUGUUUAACACAGGAUUUGACCUCCAGAGAGAGGGCAGAUACAAUGAACCAUGGACCCGUCCUGUAUGAUGAAGAGUUUUCCCAAUAUGACCUAAAUGCUCUAAACCCAUUGUUGGUUGGAACACCAGCAUAGAUUUUCUCAAACUUUAUGAAAGCUCAUUUCCUUUCUGCUCUUUCUCUAUCUCCUAGUCAGAUUUUUUCCCUUUUUUUUGGCAUGUAUAUUACUCAAUCUAUUUCCUGUAGUGCAGUGCUUGUGAAGGCAUGUAUUGACUUCCUUAUUGUGAGCCUUUGCUUUGUUUCCUCACGUCCUUCAACCCUUUUUUCCCCCAUUUGGCUAAUAAGCUCCACAAAUCACCGUGAUACUGAUUUUGUUUCCUUUCUUGUGUGGAAGUAGAGCUCAAGAAAAUGUGAUGAUUAGUUAGGAGCAUUACUACUAGAAAAAGUUUCCCCUUACCUGAGUGUCUCAAUUUUCUUCCUUUAUAAGAAUGUCCAUGCUGUAUUUUAGAAAAAAUGUCAAAAGUUUUCCUUAUUUUUGUGAGGGAACCUUUUGGUUCUUAUUAUCAUCUUUUCCUCUUUGUGUUUUAUCUUAUCAUCUUCUCAUUAACAUGAUGUGACAUCAUCUGUGUGUUAUUUGAUUUCAUGGCCUCAAAGCCGAAGACUAAUGUAUAUUUUUGCUGUAUGCUGGCCCUCGUGUUUAAUUUCCUCACAUCAUUAGUGCUCAUCUUUAAAGCAGAAGGUGUUCCUUGAUAGUACAAGACUGCAAAGCAGUAAUGUGGUUCAGUAUUUAUACUGGUAGUUUAUUGGAUGCUUCCUAUACACUUAAUGGGUGCAUAAUUAUUAAGUUGCCUAUAGGCCAAAAAGUAUUUCGUUUUUGUCCUCCAUGUUAUUGAUUUUAUGAUUUUAUCACAAGAAUUAGUGAGUUUUAUAAUUAAUUUAGUGAGUUUUGGAAAUGUUUGUAAGUGUUUUGAUAUAUUUGCUACUUGUUGCUGUAUGCGCAGAUUUUGUUUUGUUCGCUCUUCAUCAUUUACCAGUUUUAUUUUACAAGGGCGUAUGAAUCUCAGUGGGGGCGUAGCCAUGUAUCUUUUUCAUCUGGUGUUCAACUCAAUUCAAUGCUGCUUAAGAAGCAUUGUUUUGUGUUGAGAGCACUUCAACUCCCUAUCUUCCGUUUUGCAUUUAUGCUGUUGGGGUUCUGUCUGUCUAUUGCAUUCCCUAUAACUAAUAUAUCUGUUCAUAUUAAAAUUGAAAUGCAACUUCUGUAAUGGUUGAUUGCUUUUAUAAAUUGUUCUUUUCUGUUUGUUUUUUAUAUAAUGAGCCUAUAUUUAUUGUGCUUCAUGAGAUAAUUGAAGUCUUAAGGUUAUUAUUAAGGUAAAUGCUUUCCAAAGCAGAUCGUACUUAUUGCCCCGGUGUUAAGUUUCAUGAAGUAGGCAAAAGUGAAGAAUUUCGAUUCUUGAAAACAUUCAUUCCCAAUGGAAUAUUUUUAUAAACUGAUAAGUAUGAGCUUGUACGGUUAUGCGUUUGGUUGUUGCACGUGUAAAUUAAUGACAUUGUUCUCUGAAGAGGAGCAAUCAUAUUAAAAUGAAUGUACUCAGGAUUGGA